GGAAAUAGCGUCAACCAGCGUGUAUUACAUUUAUAACAUUAUAGAUCGGCCAAAAUGUCUUCAAGUACAUCACUUUCACAGAAAAAAACACGCCGUAGAACAACACGUCCAUUAAGCGAUGUAUCUGUCAGUUCGAAAGAUCCCAAGAAAGUAAAAUUAUCGUCCUAUGAUAAGGAAUUUGUAUACAGUGAAGAAAGAGAAGUUGAUCAGAGAGAUCCAGUAAAAGACCAAGCAAUAUUUUCAGCUGCUUCAAAUGAUAUCAAGAAAUUAAUGAAAGAAAUUUAUGAUAUGAAGAUGAAAGGUGUUAAAGAUAAUACUGGCGAGAUGACGGCAAGACGAAUCCAAUCAUCUUUAAAUUUUGUGACUCUUAAGAAAUUAAAUCGCAUUGCACACAUACGAAGUAAGAAGUCAAAAGAUUCCACACAUGAAUCCAAACAGAAAGUGGACAGUUUCCAUCUACAGUUGCAGAAUUUGUUGUAUGAAGCGAUGCAUCUACAGAAAGAAGUUACAAAGUGUUUGGAAUUUACUUCUAUGGAUGAAGAUAUAGAUCUUGUUGAUGUGUCAGACUUCUAUGAAAAGGCACCGGGAGAAAUAUCUAAACCUGAAAAAACAAACCGAGAUCCUCAUCAGUUGAGAUUAGCCAGAUUAGAUUGGGAACUUGAACAGAGAAAAAGGUUGGCUGAGAAAUGCAAAGAACUUGAAACCAGUAAGAAUAUAAUAUCUAAAGAGAUACAGACAAAAAGAGAUUAUUUGGAUAGUUUACAACCUAAACUGAAUGAUGUACUUCAGGCUACAGUUCCCUUACAAAUGUUGUCUAUGCCAUUUGAAGCAAUCAGGUUACAGCACAAGACUGCCAGGCAUUUAACAAGACCACUAUACAUAUUAUAUGUCCAAGCUAAUGCUUAUCAUGAGGCGUGUGAUGCUGAUUUGACAGUGAGUAUUGUAGGUGAUAUAGAUACAACAUUACAAGAUGACGGCAAUAGUAGUGCUGUGGAAGAUGACAGUGAUUCAGAUGAUGAGGCAAUUACUGAAUCAAAAAGAAGGCGGCGUAAAACUGUUGACCUCUUAACAGAGAAGCGAAAAAGAGUUCUUAGAAAGCAUCCCUUAGCAGUUGUAUUAAAGAUCAAAUGUGAAGAUGGAUCAGUUCUUAGUUUGUGUUUUAGUUACUUAUCAGUUUUACAAAUAGUUACAGUGGGUGUGCAAUUGACACCCGCUAUGGACUCUGUAAUCACCACAUUUAGUGCAGGAGACUUACUGUCUCCAAACAGCUUGUUGUCUUGUCUUUUCCCUGGUGACUAUGGUAACGACACUCCCAAUCCAGCCAAUCAUUUCCAGUUGAGCAAGCUUGGAAUGGAUACAUUUGGUGCAUACAUCACAGAAGUUGGUCAUCCCUACAAAUGGGUACAAAGGAUAUGUGGUCUUGAAUUUUUAGAGAAUAGUAAGGAGUUAAGAGACCCUAAAGCCAAGUCGUCUGUCAGUUCUAGUCACAUAGAAACUAUUACUAAGGCACUACGAAACAAUCGUCAUAGCAUUCCUGUACCAAGUGAUUGUCAGAGUUUAUUCCCAGCUAAAUUGGAAGGCAAGUUCACAGGUUGGAAGUCCUUGACAUACGAUGAUUACAUGACACUGUUGUACACUCAAGACACAUUGGAAGCUGAGUUAGUGAAUGAAACAGACAUUAUGUUUCUUGCAGUGUUUGAGAGAGGGUCUGCUAAACUAAAUGCAGCUAUAGCAGUGCAUCCCAAUUAUCCAUCCACGCCUCCUCUGUUUAGAGUUAAUAUAUCCUGGAGAGGUGUGCAUCAUGCUGUUAAUGAUCACAGUAUCCGGAUGAUGGAGAAUGAAGUCAACGUUCAUUUUGAUGAGUUCAGUGAACAUGGAGCAUAUGAUUAUUUAUUGACCAAUCAGCUGCAGCGUUUGAUGAUGUGUUUCGAUGUGUAUUUGGAAGCAGAAUCAGCUUUUGGCACCUCAGCUGCACCAGUAGAAUUUGCGAAAGAGAAGGUGAUGCCGAGACUGUCUAGGGGACCGCAUCGUGCCAAGCCAUUCAAAUACAACCCACAGCAUGGAUUCUUCAGUCACAGAUGAAUCUUAAUUUGCUAUAUGAUCAGCUGGUUUAAUUUGUUGACAGUUCUGUCACAUGUCAACAAGUUUGUUAGCGAUGUAUGGAUGAAACUUUUUUUAAAUUUAUUUGUUGUGACCCGGGGAUUUAAAAAAAAAUACUACUCUGCUAUGUACUGGUAAUUAUCUAUUCUCUAGGCGGAGCUGCAUCACAGAAUGUUCUAUGUACCACUGUGCCCAAUAUUUAUUUGGGCGCUGCAGGCAGAGCUAGUGAAAACUGCUAAAGUUGAGAAAACAGCAUAAACUCAACUAUGAGACAAUCCAGAACAACCUAAUUUAUAUAUGUUGCACAUGUAGGGGUAGUCGUGUUAACUGUUUAGGAGAGUCUCGACAACUAACCCAAAUGACAGUGUCCGACCAAUAGUGGUUGCCAGGCAGUGAAAAUGCCCAGAUGACCACCCCAAAAAUAGCAUCUACUCCCGAUUGUAGUCCUUCAUCUCUAAAAUAUGUUUUGUCCUUGUUAGACAAAGCUUUUCAUUUCAUCGACUAUUGAGCGACUCUCAGCCCCUUUUCCAGAAAUACAUCCAAAAUCAACAUUUGAACAUAUCAUUUGGUUCGUCCCACAUUCCUUCACUUAGAAUUUAUUGCUGUCUAUAUCCAAUUCGAUAUGGUAGCCCUGAGAUUGAGGCUUGACUCGGUGAAACGUCCAUGUCCUGGGCUUUGGUAAAGAACUCAAUGCUGGCCAAGGGUAAAAAUAUGCUUUACUUUACCACUUCUGUUAUUUGAUCAAUUAAAAUAUCUAGAUAUUUUUACAAAGUUAUGUAUAAAAUAGCUGACAUGAAUAAAUACUCUAUUCA